GUUCCUACAAUAUAGGAUCCGAUCAGUGGAUAUCUUCUAUAUAAGAUCCUUCUUCUCAUUAACCUGUCAAGGAUGGAUAGGGACAGGAACAAGAUGGCAGAAAGUAUAAUAAAUCUCACCCUAGAGAUCCUCUUCGGGCUUACUGGAGAGGACUACACAGUAGUGAAGAAGACCUCUAGUGCGCGCUGUCAGGCCCCUGCGUCUGAAGGAUGGGGAAGAACCCUGAGCCCAAUCAUGGAACCUCCACCUCACCCCCUGAUACAUGAGGAAAUCAAUAGAGAGAAGAUCCUAGAGCUCACCAGCAAGAUGAUUGAGCUGCUGACUGGAGAGGUUCCUAUAAGGUGUCAGGAUGUCACCGUCUAUUUCUCCAUGGAGGAGUGGGAGUAUUUAAAAGAACACAAAGAUCAGUACAAGGGCAUCAUGAUGGAGGAUCACCGGGCCCUCACAUCACCAGGUAAGGAAGAGAGAAGAACACCGGACAGAUGUCCCAGUCCUCUUCUUCCACAGGAUGGUUCAGAAGAACAUCACAAUAUCCCACAGGCUGAUCAGCUUCUGAAUCCGGGUGAAGAGCUGAACAAUAUUAAUCCUACAGAGACAUAUGUGAGGGGCGAUGAGCAGAGUACAGAGGACAUUCCUACAGAUAACCACCCAGAUGACUGUACCAAGAACGUAGAGAAACAUCUGGUAUCUUCAAUUGAAGUAGAUCAUUGUUUUAUCACACGAGAUACAUUUGAAAAGCAUGCCAAUAUCCAAGAUAUACCCUCAUCCGUUCACAGGAAAAAUGUAUCAUUUGAUCAUUUUAAACAGUUCCGAUCUUCUGAUUCAUCACAGACUGUAACACAAAAUAAAAGUCACAGAAGAGGUGAUCACAUGGGAGAGAAGCCAUAUUCAUGUCCAGAAUGUGCUUCAUGUUUUAAGCAUAAAUCAGCUCUUGUUAUACAUCAGAGAAUUCACACAGGAGAGAAGCCAUAUCCAUGUUCAGAAUGUGGUAAAUGUUUUAGGCAGAAAUCUUCUCUUGUUGUACAUCAGAGAAUUCACACAGGGGAGAAGCCAUUUUCAUGUUCAGAAUGUGAUAAAUGUUUUAAGUAUAAAUCAUAUCUUGUUACACAUCAGAGAAGUCACACAGGAGAGAAGCCAUUUUCAUGUUCAGAAUGUGGUAAAUGUUUUGAGUAUAAAUCAGCUCUUGUUACACAUCAGAGAAGUCAUACAGGGGAGAAGCCAUUUUCAUGUUCAGAAUGUGGUAAAUGUUUUGAGUAUAAAUCAGCUCUUGUUACACAUCAAAGAAGUCACACAGGAGAGAAGCCAUUUUCAUGUUCAGAAUGUGGUAAAUGUUUUGAGUAUAAAUCAGCUCUUGUUACACAUCAGAGAAAUCACACAGGGGAGAAGCCAUUUUCAUGUUCAGAAUGUGGUAAAUGUUUUAAGCAUAAAUCAGCUCUUGUUAUACAUCAGAGAAAUCACACAGGAGAGAAGCCAUUUUCAUGUUCAGAAUGUGGUAAAUGUUUUAAGCAGAAAUCGUCUCUUGUUAUACACCAGAGAAAUCACACGGGGGCGAAGCCAUUUUCAUGUUCAGAAUGUGGUAAAUGGUUUAAGCAUAAAUCAGCUCUUGUUAUACAUCAGAGAAAUCACACAGGAGAGAAGCCAUAUUCAUGUUCAGAAUGUGGUAAAUGUUUUAAGCAAAAAUCAGAUCUUGUUACACAUCAAAGAAAUCACACAGGAGAGAUGCCAUUUUCAUGUUCAGAAUGUGGUAAAUGUUUUAAGCAGAAAUCAGCUUUUGUUAUACAUAAGAGAAAUCACACAGGAGAGAAGCCAUAUUCAUGUUCAGAAUGUGGAAAAUGUUUUAACAAUAAAUCAGCUCUUCUUAACCAUCAGAUAGUUCACACAGGAGAGAAGCCAUAUUCAUGUUCAGAAUGUGGUAAAUGUUUUAACAAUAAAUCAGCUCUUCUUAACCAUAAGAUAAUUCACACAGGAGAGAAGCCAUAUUCAUGUUCAGAAUGUGUGAAAUGUUUUAACAAUAAAUCAGCUCUUCUUAACCAUCAGAUAAUUCACACAGGAGAGAAGCCAUAUUCAUGUUCAGAAUGUGGGAAAUGUUUUAAGCAGAAAUCACAUCUUGUUCCACAUCAGAGAUAUCACACAGGAGAGAGGCCAUUUUCAUGUUCAGAAUGUGGUAAAAGUUUUCACCAAAAAUCACAUCUUGUUACACAUCACAGAAUUCACACAGGAGAGCAGCCAUUUUCAUGUUCAGAAUGUGGAAAAAGUUUUAGGCAUGAAUCAGUUCUUGUUAGACAUCAGAGAAUUCACACAUAAGAGAGGCCAUCUUCAUAAAACUGGAUUCCCACAAGAGCUGGUGUCCAGACAUAUGGAAAAAGGGGCGUUAUUCACACUUGUAAAUAGCCAGUUACUUGCAGUCAAGUGGAAUGACAGACAGGAUGUCUGCAGGCUUUCCACUGAGCAUGAGGACAGCACAGGGGUAGUGAGAGAGAGAGGGGCCACCACUGAUAACAGUAAGUCUGUCUGCGUGACACAUUGUACAUUUAUGGGAGUAGUGUAUCUUUCAACCAUACCUGGUGAAGCACAAAACCAGGGCCUGAUAUAAAAAGAUAACAAUCUCCCUAUUCCAGCCCUGGUCUGUUCUACCCCUAUAAGUAUUUGUAACAUUACGUUACAUCAAAUAUGGGCUUGUCAGUAAAUCGGCUGCUCUGGUCUUACUGGGCACAUUUCAUUAGUAAUGUGCAAGUUCUCCCAAAAAGUGACCCAGUCUAAGAUUGCCUCAUUACAUAGAAGCCAUUACUCGCCCUCCUAAAGGAAUAUCAUCUUAAUCUGAACACCCUGACAAAAAUGUACCUGUAGAUAAAUCCAACAAGUGGGGUCCCCGCCACCCCUGUAUUUGUAGAAGUCAUGUGGUUCACUUAUCUCGCAUGAAUUUACCAGUGGGGGAAUCCUUGGUUAGUUUUUAUUGUAUGUCCCACCAGCUCUGGAUUGUUUAGUUUUAUAAUUGAAGAUGACUUGAUAUAAAAUAUAUUU